AUGGCUACGAAUACGACGGAUCCGAAAAUCGCUGAAUUUCGUGAAUUGUUAUCUAAAGCACGUUCAAUAUUGGUCUUGACAGGUGCAGGAAUUUCUGCAGAAUCUGGUGUUCCAACAUUUCGAGGGGAGGGUGGUCUCUGGCGACAAUUCAAUGCAACGGAUUUGGCGACACCAAGUGCUUUCGCUCGGUCAACGUCACUCGUUUGGGAAUUCUACCAUUAUCGACGAGAACUUGUUCGAACAAAAGAACCCAACAAAGGACAUUUAGCAUUGGUCGAAGCUGAAGAACGCUUUGAGAAAGAAGGAAAACACUUUUUUAUCCUAACACAAAAUAUUGACGGACUUCAUCGACGAGCAGGUUCUCGUAAUCUCCUAGAAAUACAUGGAAAUCUUUUUACAGUACGAUGUACAUCAUGUGGGUUCAUUGAAGAGAAUAAUGAUAGUCCGAUUUGUGAAGCACUACGAAAUCGAGGAUUGCCCAAUGAGACUGGUUCUGAUAUUCCGUUGAAAGAUCUACCUAGUUGUCGUCAAUGUGGAUCUCUCGUUCGUCCUCAUGUUGUCUGGUUCGAGGAAUGUCUUUGGCCGGAUGUUCUGAAAAAGAUUAAUGAAGAAAUCACACAAUGUGAUCUAUUUUUAGUUGUGGGCACAUCAGGUAUCGUCUAUCCAGCCGCAGGUUAUGCUUCGAUAGUCGCACAGCGAAAGGUUCCUGUAGUUGAAGUGAAUAUUGAAAAGACUCCUGCUACUUCUACCUCGACUUUUUAUUUCGAAGGUCCUGCUGGUGAACUACUGCCAAUGCUAUUGGCACCCAUAAAAACUGAUGCUCCGUCGAAUAAAACAUUGCCGUUGAACGCAAAAACAAGAAAAUAA